AUGUCGACCAUGUCUCAUAUUGUUGCGUUCUGUCCACCUGGUACACAGACAUUACAUUCAGGAGCCGAAGGUUCGAUGACCUUAACAACCGACGAGUUCUCACUUGCAGAAAGCUACUUUUGUCGUUCUCUUUUCACCCGCCUACCAUAGAUGUGUGUCGCUUCGUUGCGGCUUACGUAAAACAUUCGUUUGAUAUUUUUAGCUUUACAGAAGAAACCGACGUCUUAGUCCGUAUUUCCGAAAUACAAAUAAGAAACAAACGUAACAUUUCCAUGAUAAAUGGAACAAUUUUACUUGCUGCAAAAUAAUCACGAGUGAUUGACUGAGAAACAUCGUAUAUAUAUUAAUUCUAAUUAUGAAUCGAAUAAUUAAUUCAUUUAGCGAAAUAAUUAAUAAAUAGUGAUAUGUAUUUAACUAACACAGGAAUCGAAACUUUUCUAAUACUUGUUAUAAGAAUGUUAUAUAAUUGAGGUUAGAAUCGAGUAUCAAGAACUGACCUGUGACAAGCAAUAUUUUUGUAUCCUACAUUCCACGCAAAUUAACUAUUCAGAAUUCUUGCUCGAUAUAAUUGUGUUUUUUGUUGUGUUAGUUAAAUUAUCAUGAAUUUCCCCAAGUAGAAUGCGAAUGUGCAUAGUACGAAAAAAAUGUUUACUUUUGGGCUGUAAAAUAAGAUUGAACGAAAGAUUUCCAAGGAGAGACAACCAGAAUGUACAUAUCUCUCGUAGAUAGAUUAUAAAUUGAUAUUUAACUCUUACGUAACGAAAUGCAAGUGAGAGUAUGUAGAAUGCUAUUCCUAAUCGGCGUGUAACCUGUAUCCUCUUAGGCCUUGUAGUGAAACACACGAAAGAGGUUGAUUGUAGGUAUCGAUCUUAAAACGAAGAAUCUAUGUUUAUGACCACACAGAAGCAUGCGCUCUAGUCUCGACCUAAAUAAUCAUGCACGCAAUGUUCAGGAACGUAAACAAAUACAUGCAGCUAUAUAUAUAUAUAUAUAUAUAUAAGACGACAGCAUUGAUGUCAUUACCGAAGUCGUAACCAUUACGAAAAUGUUUCUUUUGUAGAUAACGCCAUGUAACACGCCAGCCACGCCACCAAAUUUCCCUGAUGCGCUGUUGGCGUUCUCCAAAAUGUCCGCAGGUGACAAAACUCCCUCCGGUGAGUCUCACCUUGAUUAUUUACUUAUUUAUCCUAUUUUAUUUUUCUACAGAUUUUAUAAAUGGACUUGAAAAGAUUUGCUUGUGUUUUAUAGGUAGUUUUAAAUAGAGGAAAUGGUUCGUUCAAGUUCAAGCGAAACAAAUGAGCUCAAAUAAGUCUAAUUUCUAUAAGCUUCUUAUUACAUAAUAACUUGAAUCAAUUUUAGAAGUAGUAGAUUGAAUUGAAUUGAAACACAUAUGUAUUGUGUUUGAUAUUUGUGUUUUAUAUAUUGUUUUAGAAAUAUGUUUAAACGUCUACAAAUAACUUGCACAAGCUGCAUUUGUCUAUUUGUGCACAAACUGCAAUUGUCUAUAAAUAAAUGGAUUGAAAGCAUCCAAUGAAGCAUUGUUCAUACGAAUAUAAUAAUAUAAUGUUAAAAAUAAUAUUAAGAUGUUAAAUUAGAAAAAGAUUUCAUUGUAAUUCUAAUUUUAACUGUGCAAUUUAUAUUGCAAAUUUAUUAUGUAUAUAAUUUAUUCUUGCGUAAAUUCAAUUCAAAAAUGGCGAGGCAUUCUUUCACUGAAUCACCUGUUCUAUGUGUUCGUUAUUGUAUUUCUUUUUUUGGCGGCAGUAAUUUUUAACUGCACUGCGCAUACUAAUCAAUUUAUAAGAAUGUAAUGUAUACAUUCUUAUACUUCAUUAAGUCUAGAUCGUUAUUUCACAAUUGCACGUUAUGAUAUAAUACUUUAUACGUAAUGUAAAACUGCAUAAAUCAUCACGUUUAAGAAUUUCCAGUCCAUACAUACAUUUGUUUUGGUUCACCAUAGAGAGAAAACUUUGUGUAAUCAAAACAAUUUCAACUUAAUUAACACAUUAAGAACCAGUGUUUCAUUAAUGUAAUAUUUUAUUUAUUCAGUUAAUUAUACGUUAAUGAGUUUUAUUUUUCUAAUUCUAUUGUACUGUAUUGUACGUUAUUUUACCUAUUUUUUAUUAUCUAUAUUUAUUCAAAGUAGUUCAGAAAUAUGCAUAAACUUGUAAUAUUCAGUGCGACAACUUUCAAACUGACAAGUGAGUUCACUAUAGAGAGAAAACUUUGUGUAAUCAAAACAAUUUCAAUUUAAUUAACAUAUUAAGAACCAGUGUUUCAUUAAUAUAAUAUUUUAUUUAUUCAGUUAAUUAUAUGUUAAUGAAUUUUAUUUUUCUAAUUCUAUUGUACUGUAUUGUACGUUAUUUUACCUAUUUUUUAUUAUCUAUAUUUAUUCAAAGUAGUUCAGAAAUAUGCAUAAACUUGUAAUAUUCAGUGCGACAACUUUCAAACUGGCAAGUGAGUAAAAUGAGCUCAGAUAAUAUAUAAAUUGCACUUGUUUGUUUCACUCACGCAAAUCGUAUCUUGUUUUUUUUUCCCUCUUUUAGAAAAACAAAGUGAUAUUACAAUAUGUACAUUUACAAUUUAUAAUAUUUACAUACUUUUCACGUCAGUGCAUCAUCAUAAAAAUUAUUCCGCGUGAUAUUCAUUAAAUUUGAUAAUACAUACUUCGACAUAGUCACACCAUCGAACUACAGAAGACAAUGAUAAUUAAUCAAUACAAGCAACUUGUCGAAGUCCAAUAAAUUAUUGUUUGUUUUAAAACAGAUUGAUUUACGAAGCAUUCGUUGACAACCUGUUUUCACUUUAUUUAUACCAAUCCCACGAAUAUCUUUAAAUAUCUCAUUCCAUUAGGGGCCAAGUAGUAGAUGCGUAAAACUUACGUAAAAUGUAUAUCAUCGAAAGAUAUAAAUAAAAUAGCUUUUGACACCGCAAGAAAGGAAUACAGUUAGCUACAGAACACUACGUGUACUUGCAAAUUUAAAAAUAUUUCACUGUGACUGGCGAAUUUUUACCCAAGUAUUUUAGCUUUGAAAAGAUCAUUAACGAAAUAGAACACUUGAAAAAUACACACUAAAUACGAGAAACGUUGUAUUUUUGAUAUUUUAUGUACAGGGUGUCUCGUAAGUCAGUGGUAUGAUUUAAAAAAAAAAAGAAAAUAUAUGUGCAAUUUUGUAUCUUAAACUUUGCUAUAAACAAAUCAUCAGUUUUGUUACUAAUAUAGGGGAUAGCUUCGGUGAUACUGACAUUGGUGAGACUGUUGCCGUUAUAAAUGGCAAAGACGUAACGCAAAUAGAUGGAAAUCGUGUGUGUAAAGCCUUUCACGAAAGUUUCGCCUCAUCGUCUAUUGAUGACGUCUGUAGUUUAAAGGGUUUAACGCGAGAGACGUGUUAGAGAUACUGAAGAAAAAUUAGCGAGUUCUUAGAAUAGCAGUUUCCUAGCUACUACUUAGAGCCACGAUGACAAUUCGCAAAGAAGAAACCACAAUGAAGCGUAAUAAAACACGUUAGAUCUUUGGUUUUAGAAUUUUAUAUUCGUCGUAGCAUUAAAUAUAUACAUAUUACGUAGAAAAAUACACGUUGCAUUAUUUAAAAAAUAAUCUACUGGUAUUUAAAUAAAUACUUGAUAGAAAAAAAAUAGACAAAUUAGAAAUUAAGAAUUAAGUAGAAAAACUGUGAUACAAAGUAAUAGAAAUAAAAUGAAAUUGAUUAAUUUUCUUUGCUAAUUGUAUUUCUUUUAGAAGUAAAUAAUUGAACUAAAUUAGUAAAGAGAUGAUAAUUAAUGAAUUCAUGUUACGUUGUUUCCUCUAAAAAACAAAAAUUACCAAACUUCUUCGUUUUCUCUUCCUACUUUAAUGUUGUAGAUUAAUAUAUCGUUCGCGUACAUACGUUGCUUCAAAACCGCGACAGACAAAAAUAUAUAUACUAUGCUGUAAUAUUUAACUUUUAUCUGACAAUGUUAUCCGAGUCAUUUGCAUUAAAAAAAAAAAAAAAAAAAAAAAAAAAAUUCAGUCCGUGAAAUUUCACUUCACGGCUCGCCAUGGCAAAUGGCGACAAAGAUGUCUAAGGCGCAAAGAAUAAAUCGGUUAUUAUUCCCAUUGCAGGAAUGUCGCCGAGCCAAAAUGGAUUGCAUCAGAACUCGAUGCAGAUGGGGAUGGCAGCGCAACAUCACGGAGGACGGUGUAGCGUGACCGGGAACGCGCAACAGCAAACGCAAAGUCAACAGUUGGGCCUAGGCGAGCCACAGAGAUAA